CGUCGCGUUUGCACUUAUUAGGACGACGAGGAUGUGAAGUGCGACUAAUCAGCUACCUCAUUGAUUGACCAUGUCGUAGACCUGCACCACCGAAUGAGAGAUGCUUGCCUCUCGCGACUGUGAGCAUGGAAACUGCGAACGAAGUGCCUGCCGACCUGCGAGCCAUCGCCGCGUUCCUGAGUCUUGACGAAAACCCCACGACGAUUGUUACACACCUCACCCGAGACGAACAAAACAGUGAAAGAGACUGGCAGGUGGUCUACAGCAACCCAGCUUUCCAGAAGCUCCAGGACUUCGCACGUCAGCUCGAAGACAUCCGCCAUGCUCUGAACCGCUCGCUCCCCAUUGACCAACCUCUAAUCGCCCUGCAUGGCGAAGUGCUCCACGGAGGAUCAUGGCAGGCGCGUGUAUCAGAAGACUAUUGCAUUGUAAUUGCAAAGGCAAGAGUGGAACAAGUACCCGCUCCAGUGAAGGACGGCAUCAGUCAUACAUCGAAAGCAACAGACUUGGACUGGAUACAGUCCGACAGACCAGAUCUUUCACCAUGGAACAAGUUCUUCCGCGGUUACGAUUGGGCGUCUACAAGCCUUGGUCCCAUGUCCUCAUGGUCGGAAGUGCUGAGACUGUACGUUCUAUCCAUGAUGAGCAAUCCUCAGCCUAGGCUGCUCGUGUGGGGCGAGGACAUGGCUCUCAUAUACAACGAGCAAGUCGUCCCGUUGUUAGGCGCAAAACAUCCUUCUUGCCUGGGCCAAAACGUCAAACAUGCCUUCGCAGAGUCCUGGUCCGAAAUUGUGCCUGUGGUUGAAGCUGGCUAUGGUGGUGAGGUAAAGAGUGUGAACUGCUUCCCAUUACCGAUACUACGCCACGGCUUCUUGGAAGAAUGCUACUUCGGCUUCACUGCUCUGCCGGUGGUUGACAGAGAUGGUCGUAGCUGCGGCAUGUUGAGCGAACUGACAGAAUCUACAACCCUUGUUACAGCUGAACGCAGGAGAUACACCAUGAAUCAACUCGGUACGCAACUCAACAAGCUCAACGACCUUGCAGAACUGUGGCCCGUCGUGCUCGCGCAGAUGAAUGCGGCCGAGCUGGACGUGCCCUAUGCCAUACUAUAUACUGUUAAAACCGAGGUCACUGAGUCUGUUGCAUCCGAGACCACCUCCAUGGAUUCACGCGCUGCUCUGCCUAAACAUGCACAGCUUGUUGGCACUGUUGGGUUGUCGGGAGACCAUCCCGGUGUCCCCGAUUCAUUCCCGCUCUCAGACACCAAAGCAGAAGGGCGGGACAUCUGGCAAGCCUGCAACGAUGCCUGGAGCUCUGGGGAAAUGCUGGUGUUGUCUUCCGAAAACGGCACAUUGCCUCCUGAAUUGGCCAUCGCAGUACCUAAUCGUGGCUUCGGUGACCAGGUCAAGAUAGCGACAAUAUCACCUAUCAAGGCCAUGGCAGGAUCCGAACCGCUCGCAAUAUUGGUCUGGGGUCUCAAUCCACGCUCGAUAUUUGGCGGAGAAUACCAAGUGUUUCGCACAGUUUUUAUCGACAUUCUUGCAAAAGCUGCGGCACUGAUUCAGCUGCCCCACGAGCAGCAACGUGCUCAGAAGAUCGCUGAGGAUGUGAACCACGCUCUUGCGCAGCAAUUGCGCUUGACGACAUUGAAAGCUGAGAGGAGCGAAGCGAGGUUCAAACGGCUUGCUGACGUCUCACCUACUGGGAUGUUCUUGUUCGAUGCAAGCGGCCUUCCACUCUACGCGAACGAGCAAUGCCUGGAGAUGCUGAAAAUCACAGAAGCAGAAUACCUGGCGAUCCGAGACUCCGACGGUCUAGCGGAGAGAGUGCACGAAGAGGACGUGGAUGAAUACCGAGAGGUCUGGACCACUAUGACUGAACGAAAAAUGCCAAUCACUGCGGAGUUCCGGUUGAGACCGUCCUUGCAAGUAAACAAGCAAGACGGUACAGAGUCAGACACUUGGCUGUCCGUGACGGCUUUCCCAGAGAUCGAAUCAGAUGGUACAGUGUCUUCUAUGCAAGGAUGGCUCACAGACAUUUCCCACAGGAAGUUCAAUGAAAAGUUAUUGGCGCAGAGACUUGAGGAUGCCCUCGAGAACAAAAGACAGACAGAAAACUUCAUGGAUAUGCACAGUCAUGAGAUCCGCAAUCCUCUGAGCGCUAUCUUGCAAAGUGCCGACUCAAUAGAGACGCUACUCAGUUCCAUUGAACUGCCUUUGCACGAUGAGAACAUGGUGGUCCCCACUCACGUAGGCGAAGACAUAAUGGAUGCCGUGCAAACAAUCAUAUUGUGUGCGCAACAUCAAAAAAGGAUAGUGGACGACAUUCUAACAUUGUCCAAACUCGACGCCAGUCUGCUCGUCAUGUCUCCAGACAAGGUGCAGGUGCCCUCACUUGUAACGAAAGCCUUGAAGAUGUACGAAGCCGAGAUCGGACGCGCGGGCAUCGAUGCUCAGCUCUGUAUCGAACCAACGUAUGACGAACUCGACGUCAACUGGGUCGUGCUUGACUCUAGCCGGUUACUUCAGGUGAUCAUAAACCUACUGACGAACAGCAUCAAGUUCACUCAAUAUUCCGAGGAGCGGAAGAUCAAAAUUUGCAUCGGCGCUUCGUAUCAGAAACCUACAGGAAAGCAUCAUGGUAUUUCAUUCAUUGAGCCACAACAAAUCCGAACGUCUCGCUCGCCAGUCCAAGAAUGGCCUGGAGGAGAGGACCUCUACCUUCAAUUCGCCGUUUACGAUACCGGCCGCGGACUCAGCGAGGACGAGAUGAAACUGCUCUUCCAGCGCUUUCGCCAAGCAUCGCCGAAGACGUAUAAGCAAUAUGGCGGGAGUGGACUCGGCCUUUACAUAUCCCGCGAGCUAUGCGAGCUGCAGGGCGGGCAGAUUGGCGUGUCUUGCGGUAAUGGCAAGACGGUCUUCACUUUCUUCGUCAAAGCUAAGCGAUGGGUGCCAAGUGAAGAAGAAGACAUCGCUGCACUCCCAGUGCCCGUUCGCUAUGCGAGUGCUUCCUCGAGCCCCGUGGUGUACAGCAAAGGGGGCAGCACCACAUUGAACGAUGAAGCUGAUCAACUCGGAACACCUCGCGAAGAGAAUGGUAAUAUGAUUGAGAACUUCCACCCCAGGCAACAACCAUUUGCGCGUCAGCAGUCCUUCGGAGCUGCUAAUCAAAUGCCCGUUUUCUACACCAGCCAAGUGAAGGCGCGUAAAGAUUCUACAGAAAAUGGGCAGAAGGCGCUUCACGUGCUCAUCGUGGAGGACAACUUGAUCAAUCAGAAAGUCAUGUCGCAGCAAUUGCGUCGCGCGGGCUGCACCGUGCACGUUGCGAACCAUGGCAUAGAAUGCUUGAAUUUCCUGGAGAGUUCGACGUACUGCUCAUCUACAACACCACUAUCCGUGGUCCUACUGGACCUUGAAAUGCCCGAGAUGGAUGGUUUGACGUGCAUACGAGAGAUUCGACGACGCGAGGCGGCUGGCAGUAUUAUCUCGCACGUGCCUGUUAUCGCUGUGACUGCAAAUGCUCGCUCAGAACAGAUCAACAACGCUAUCGAAGCAGGUAUGGAUCAAGUCGUGACCAAACCUUUUCGUAUCCCAGAGCUGGUGCCACAAAUGGAAAGACUAGUGGCCGAGGUUGGAGGUUGAGGCUGCGCAUGCUUUGGCCAGUGUAUGACCUUCAUAGCUUGCCGCCGAUACCAUUCGACUUCGACUCCAAAAGAGGCUUAUACUCUUCGACGAAAUCCUUCACUGCUUGCACGAACCCGUCAAGACCCGCAUCCGUCAGCACCAAGCUCAAGGCAAGGAACCCACGUCUUGCGAUAUAAUAGCCUUUGCUCAGCAAGAAUAAAUGCAGCAAGGCAGUCAGCCUGUGAUCUUCGUCGGGCAUGUCUGCAACUGUCUUUACCUGCUCCGCCGGAGUUUGAGUGAAGUGAAAGCACAUCACAGAACCAAGGCCAGUCACCUUCAGCAAGGUGCCUUUACCAGUCUCGUUCAAUCUCUUGCGAAGCUCUUCGCCUGUUCGGUGAAGCGCCUCUGCUCGCGCAGGCGUAAAGACCUGCUCCAACCCAGCACUCCCAGCCGCCAUGGUCAGGACGUUAUUGUUGAACGUCCCCGCAUGCGCAAGACCACCCGGCUUCCGAGGAUCAAACAAUUCCAUAAUUUCCCGCUUCCCUCCAAAAGCGCCAAACGACAUCCCGCCUCCAAUGUACUUCCCUAGCGUUGUCAGAUCUGGACGACAAUCCGGUGGCAUAUCAGAUUGAACCCCGCCUCCGGAGUACAUGCGACUUGUCAUCACUUCAUCAUAAAUCAGCACCGCUCCCGCCGCAGUUGCGAUCUUUCUCAGCUGCACCAAGAAUGCCUUAUCUGCAGGAAUCGCGCCUCCAGAUCCGAUCAUGGGCUCCAAGAUGAUCGCAGCCAGAUCUUGCGCGUUCGCGUCGACUAACGUCUUCACGGAUGCAAUAUCUUUGUACGUAGCGAUCAAGUACUCGUGCGGAGCGUUAAUUCUGCUGGACACACCUCCGCCAAACAGGAAAACUCCGCCAUGAUAUGCUUCACCAAAGACGAGAACCUUCUUUCUUCCGGUAUACACUUUCGCGACUGCGAGAGCCAUGAGAUUCGCUUCUGUGCCGGAAUUGGUGAAACGGAGAAGUUCCAUUGUUGGAAAGCGUUGUUGGAUGAGAGAUGCCAAUCUGGCCUCGUCCGAGUGGUGGCCGCCGAAGGAAACGCCUUUUUGCAGGGCUUGGUUUAUUGCGGACAUGAUUGUGGGGUCGGAGUGGCCGUAGAGGCCGGCUGUGUAUUCUCCGAGUAGGUCGAGAUAUUUGUGGCCAUCAGCGGAGUGGAGGUGGGCUCCGGAGGCUGAGAUUAUGUAGAGAGGGAAGGGGGAGUAGAAGAGUACGGUGCGUGUGUUUCCUCCGGGAAGGGCGUUGGUUGCAUUUUGGUAGAGAGCUUGACUUUUGGGGUUUUGGAGGGUGAAGGCUUGUUCUAAGGAGGAGAGAGCUUGAGAUAUGGAUUGAGGUGGAGGCAUGGUGUAGGAUAAAGACGUCGAAGUGGCCGCUUGAGGUUGGUCCGAUUGGUAGAUAUCUCAGAGCUUGAUUGCUUCUGUGCUUGAUAACGGACGGCUGCUCGAUCAAUUGUCCUCGUUCUUCAUAUGUGUAAGCGUGGUUGUCU